GCUCUCCUACGUCGCCAUCCUCAUCGGUACCGUCACCUUCGUCUUCCUCCUCCUCAAAAUCCCCGACACCUGCGUCGCACCAGGUUCUCCUCCCAAGCCCCACCUCCGCUUCCCCAAAUCCUCCUGCGACGCCUCGCCGCGCCUGAUCCUCCCUCUCCACAAGAAGAACAACCGCCUCUGGUCCACCAAGACCUGGCAGAACAAGGUCCACUCCUUCUCCAACUUCUUUCGCGCAUUUUAUCAAAUGGGUCUCCUGCACAACGAGUCCAAGGUCCUCUGCGCCUCAGCCGGCGCCGGCCACGAGGUCAUUGCGCUGACCCAGUUGGGUGUCGCUGACGUCACCGGUAUUGAGCUCCUCGAAUCGCCUCCGCUGGUGAGCCGGGCCGAUCCCCACAACUUGCCUUAUUUCGAUAAUGUGUUUGAUUUGGGUUUCAGUGCUCAUUUUGCUGAGGCAUUGUUUCCGAACCGGUUCGCGGCAGAGAUGGAGAGGACGGUGAAGGCCGGUGGGGUGUGUGUGGUGGUUGUGAACGAAUGCGGGGAUGAGGAGAUUAGGGAGAUUGUGGAUUUGUUUAGGAAUUCGAGGUUUCUUGGUGCUCUUAAUGUUACAUUGACUGGAUUGAGAAUGACAAGGAUUAUUAUGAAAGUUAAGCGCUUACCUUGAUUUCCCUGUGGUAAUUCUCUAUUACAUGUUUAUUGCCUUUGUUUUCGAUUUCGAAUUCCUGUUCGUGUGUGAAUUAGUAAUUCUGUUUAGGAUCUGGUGUUAGUGAGCUACUUAUGAUUUGAAAUCGAAUUAAGCAACUGCGUAAGAACUCGAACGGAUCUAGAUAUAGUUUGGUACUGUUGUGGAAAAGUAUGGCAAUGAGAGUGAAUGGCUUCAAUAUGAUGUAUGCUGUGCUUU